AUGCAAGACGAUCAAUCAUCAACUGCUGUAUCUCCUUUAGCAUUAGGUGGUGCUAUAACUGGUAUUUUUGUGCUUAUUUUUUCAGUUAUUUAUUUAUUCUUUCGAUCACCUUCAUCGUCAUCAUCAUCGUCAUCAAAAACCGAUGAAGAUACAACUGAAAAUCGAAUUAAACCAGAAACUAGUGGGAAAAAAUCGACAGUACCAAAAACAAUAAAAAAAGAUACAAAAGAAGUAACUAAAUUUACACAUCCAUGGUUAUGUACAUCAUUACGAGCUCAUUCAAGUUCAGUAACUGGUUUAGAUUUUAGUCACAAUGAUAAAUAUCUUGCAUCAGUUGCCGAAGAUGAUAGUGUUCUUUUAUGGCAAACAAAAGAUUUCAAUGAAAAAGAUCAUAAACAUACUCGAGUAAACAUUGAAUUUGGUCAAGCAAAUCAUGUAGCAUUCAGUCCUGAUGGAAAAGCAUUUCUUAUUAAUUUAAUAAAAGAUAAUGUUAUACGUGUUUAUAAAUUUGAAAAACGUUCCGAUGGUUUACCAACAAAUGUUAAAUCUGUCUUAGAUUUUCCUAAAAAAAAUGAAAGUAAUAUUAUUUCAAUUGGUAUUGCUUGUACUGGAAAAUUUAUUAUGUCAGCAGAAGUUAAUAAUAAAAUUAUUAUAUUUGAUAUCAAAGGUGAAGUUCUUAAUACAAUUGAAACUCAUCAAGGUCAUUUAAAUUAUGCUGCUGUAUCUCCAUGUGGUCGAUUUUUUGGUUCAUCUGGUUUUACGAGUGAUGUUCGUUUUUUUGAAGUUUGUUUUGAAAAAUCUAAUGGAAAUUUUAAAGAAAUUCGACGUGCAUUCGAUAUCAAAGGACACGAUGCUCAAGUAUUAUGCUUUAGUUUAAAUAAAGAUUCAACACGUGCUGCAACUAUAUCAAAAGAUAAUACAUGGAAAUUAUGGAAUACUGAUGUUGAUUAUAUACAUAAACAAGAUCCAAAAUGUUUAUAUACUGGUACAUUAUCAUAUAAUAUCGAACGUGCAGGUUUAAUUGUUCUUGCACCUGAUGCACUUUCCGUCGUUAUCUCAAUCGAUAAUCGUCUUAUGUUUUAUAAUUUAAGUAAAGAUGAAAAAAAAUGUGAACAAGAGAUUGAAAAUGUUCAUUCGGACUCAAUUCGAGUUUUAGUUAUGGAUAGCACAGGAAAGUAUGUAGCUAGUUCUGGUGAUCGACAAAUUCGAGUAUUUCAUAACAUUGCUGGAUUAAAAGGAUUAAUUGAUGAUUUAACAGAAAAAGCUCAUACAGCAAAACAAUUAACAUUAAAAGAACGUAUGGAAGAACAAAUUCAUGAAGCACGUUCAAAAAUCGAAAAGAUUCUAAAUGGUGCUGAUUAA